AUGAUUCGCUGUUACAAAAUAUUGAAAAGGAUUCGAAACCCGUGUAUUAAAUGUGUCCGUAACAAUACACAGGCAGUUACAUAUUCACGUUUUUUAAAUAACUUACCAAAAUUAAAGUAUUCCGUGCUAUCUAAUGGUGUAACUGUUGCCACGGAAGAACGACAUUGCGACAAUGUAUGCAUGGGACUUUACAUAGAUGCCGGAUCGCGGCAUGAAAGUGAAACUCAGAAUGGCAUUACACAUUUUUUUGAACACAUUGCAUUUAAAGGUACCAAGAAAAGACCGAAAACAGUUUUAGAAAGUGAAAUAUCAAAGACUGGAGCAAAAUUUAAAUGUUUUACAACACGAGACACCACAGCUUACUACGUAGAAUGCCUUUCUUCGGAAAUAAACCUUGUCGCAGAUAUUUUGUUUGAUUGCAUCUUCAACAAUGCAUUUAUGGAUUCUGAAAUUGAAAUUCAAAAAAACGUCGUAUACAAUGAGAUGAUAGAGUAUGACAGAUCGUCUGUUAAGGUGUUAUAUGACUAUUUACACUCAACCGCCUUUCAGGGUACCCCAUUAGGCCAAACUGUAAUGGGUCCUAGUUACAAUCUGUAUAAUAUAAAACCGUCGCCUAUUUCAGAUUACAUUAAUAAACAAUUUAUAGCAGAGAGCAUUGUAUUGGUAGCUGUCGGAGGUGUGAAACAUAGUUUAAUGAUAAGCUUGGGAGAACAGUACUUCCCCAAAACAAUGUCUGAAUCGAUGAAAUGUCCAAAGCCUCUCACAAUGGGUUCUAGUAGAUAUACUGGUUCUCAAGUGGUGUAUAGAGACGAUUCAAUGAAUAUUGCACAUGUCGCCAUCGCUGUGGAAGGCCCUUCAUUUAAUGACGAUAAUAAAAUAAUAAUGGAACUUGCUUCGUCCGUGUUGGGAGGUUGGGAUAAAUCUCAACCGAGCGGAACAAAUCAUGGAAUGAACAUCGCUCAUGUUGCUUCAGCUGGCAAUCUUUGCGAAUCCUAUAAAACAUUCGGCUAUUAUUACCAGGACGUUGGACUUUGGGGUGUAGAAUACAUUUCGUCAAGAGAAGAAGUUGAUAAUAUGCUUUUAACAGUACAGAAGGAAUGGAUGCAACUAUGCUAUUUGAUAACUGAUAGCGAGCUAAUAAGAGCUAAAAAUGAAAUGAAAUCUAAAAUAAUUCGGCAAAUUCAUACUGCGGUUGGAGCUUGUCACGAUAUUGGCUAUAAUAUUCUUCGUACUCGUCAACGAAAGGAACUUUGUGAAAGGAUUAAUAUUAUUAAUAAUAUAACAGCGAAUGAUUUAAAAAACGUUUGUAAUACAUACAUUUACGAUAGAUGCCCAGUUGUCGUCGGUAUAGGAUCGACUGAAAACUUACUUCCAUACUCUCGAAUUAGAAGUUACAUGUAUUGGUUGCGAGUAUAA